UGAUCAGCAGCAGCAUCCCUGCCUACAGCCCUGCUGCUGCUAUGGAAGUAGUGCCAGCCCUGCACUGAUUUACGGCUCUGCUGAAAAGGGCUUUUCUAGCAGCAUCAGCAACAAGUCCGAUUGGCUGAGGUGAUGCAACAGAAAACCUCUGAAGGAAGCAAGUCCGCGUGGCAGGACUCAUUGAGAAAUGGUAAUUUAUAUAAGCCUUUUCGUUGUCCACAAUGUGGAGAACAUGCACGUUUCAGGAGUCUCUCCUCUUUGAGGGCCCAUCUUGACUACAUGCACAGCUAUGAGGAAAGGUAUUUUUUGGGAAAGUCCGGACUUUUUUGCUCACUGAAAGAGACAGAUCUGGAGAACUUUAUAGGACCACUCGAUGAAACCCAGAUGGAAUCUAUCGACAAUGCCCUAAAUAAAAAGAGUGAAUCAACUUUUUGUGGGUUAAAAUAUGACAGCAAGAAGGACAGCAGUCCAAUACAGAUAUUAUCAGAAAGGCCUUCUCCUCUUGUGAAAAGUCCCUUCUCAGAUAAUUCUACAAAACAUCACAAAUAUGUCAUUGGAUAUCCCAUACAAAGUACAAAAUUUGAACUAGAGCCUCAAGAGAAGUCCGUGCUUAACCAGCUUACUGGAAAUGUUGACAAGAACAUAGAAAAGCAAAUCGAUAAACUCAAUAAAGAACUUUGUUAUAAAACAUCUGAAUUGUUGGAAGUGCGGGCUGCAUUUUUACAGCUUUCCCAGAAGAAGCAGGAAGUGCAGCACAGAGAAAGAGACCUUAGUCGACAGGUGGAUGUGGCUGUUGAGUUGAUCGCAGUCCUUCGUCAGAGACUGACAGAGUCUGAGCAGGAACUGCAGAGGAAAGAGGAAGAAGUGGUUUCUAUUAAUCACUUUCUGGAAGCAGCAGCCGAAAAAGAAUUCCGUGGAAAAAGGAGACUCCAGCAGUUUAUCGAGAACCUGCUUCAACGAGUUGAAUUUGCAGAGAAGCAGCUGGAAUUUUAUCAAAACCGACAGAUCAAAAACAAUCAGCCUAGUGCUGGGGAUGCUAUGGUUUUACAUGUUCAAGCUAACAGGAAAAACAAGUGCCAAAAUCGAGGCAGCUUCCACCAGGCAAAUAACGUGCACGAUGUCAAACCUCUGUCAGUGCAGAAAGGCCGUCCUCAUGUUAAUCGCAUGGGCAUCCAGCCGAUGAAAUUGUUACACGAGUACUCUGACUAUCCGCGAGAUCUGUGGAAGCCGCAGAAGAAGGGUGACACAUCAACUUCUGGCAGAAAAGUUUACAACAAGUCCAAGAUUGGCAAAAAGAUAGGCAUGUGUAAUAAUGGUUGUAAGUAAUGCUAAACUAAAAGGUUGUUUACAUUUUGUAAAAACAAAAAUGUCUUUUGGGAUUGAUGGGAACACUUCAGCUCUGUGAGAGGGGUGUACUACGUUUGUCCAGCGCUUGGAAUCCCGGCACCCAGCAUACCAGCACCAGGAUCCUGACCGCCAGAAUGCCGGUAGCGGGGCAAGUGCAAAAGAGCCCCUUGGCGUGCUACGCUAUUUAUUCUUCCUCCAGGGGUGUCGUGGACACCCCAAGAGGGAGAAUAGUUGUUGGUAUACCGGCUGUCGGGAUCCCGGCGCCGUUAUGCUGAGUCCCUGGAUCCUGACAGCCGUUAUAUCGAGUGCCACCCCUGUGAGACUUGUAACCUGUUAUGGCAACACGUAUCCACAUGCUGCUUUGUUGCCAAUAACUUAAAAAGAACAAAGAACUGUGCUACUGUGUGUUUGGAAUCUUUCUUAUGUACUUAUAUUUCAUAUGUUGCACAUAAAUUAUCACUACCUUGCUGUAAAGACUAUCAUAUAUAAUAUAUAUGUGUGCGUGUAUAUAUGUAUAUAUUUCUAUAAAUAAAAAAAGAAAGAAAGAGAGAAACGUUAAGAUCCUCUAUCUGGCAUCACAAUGCAUUUGCUUAGUAGCUUUUUUUUAAUAUAUGGAGUUAAUGAUAUUAGAAGCGUUAUCACCAUACCCAUACUUUACUUAUAUUAUACUUGCGGGAUUGCAUUAUAGUCAUUUGUUUGGCUGGCUGUACAUUCCUUAUUUUGUAUUCACUGAGCGUCUCAUGCAUAGAGGCCACUGGAUAGUCCUCUGACUGCCCAAAAGCAAGUACCAGAGCUUAUUGGCCACUGCAUGUUCAAUUAAUUUCAGGGACAUCCAGGGUCACUUGGGUUUUAAUUUCUGUUGUGCAAAUGCCAGUGUUCGCCCAUCAUAAAGGCUAAAAAGUCACUUUAUAAUAUGAAACUAUAGCCCUUUCUGCUUCCAACCAAUGCACUUUACCUGCUGAAAAGGCUUCUGUUGCUUUCCUUAUACUCUAAAUUAAGUAUGGGCGAUAUCUUUUCAGCAGCACCAAUGCUAAACAUUAGUUGGUUGAUCUUUGUAAAAAAUGUAAUUCUACCAACCAGCAGUUUUAGAGAAUGUCUUUGGAAAACCCCUUUUUUGUUCAGUCAUGUCCUUUUUGUUGCUUCUGGCCUGACUCUUGACAUCGGAAGAUUUAGGAUUUAUUGUAUCAAGUCUUGGAAAGAGAUCCAGGGGGGAAUUCAAAUGUUAUCGCACCCCUGAUUUCUCGUCUAAAGUGACGGGAAGAUAGAGGGCUGAUAUUCAAAUGCCCCCACUUGUCGCGCUAAUCGCGCACAUUACACUCUGGUUUAGGCGCGCAAUGCACCUAAACCCGAGCGCGAAAACACCUGUAUGGGCGCCCAAACAGGUCUCUUUACGUGCAUUUCAGCUCGAUACCCCCGGGGGUAGCAAUCUGAAAUGAACUUGUCGCACCCGUCGGCAGCAGCAUUUGGAUAGCUGCUGGUGGGCGCAAUUGCGUGCUAGGAAGGGGGGAGGCAUUUGAAUUCGGCUCAAAGUAUAGUAGUUUCCCAAAGCAACCAAUCAGCUGCUAAUUGUCAUUUACAAAGACUGUACUAGAUGAAUGACCAUUAGAAGCUGAUGGGCAACUUCUACACUUUAUUUCUUUCCAAGGCUUGACACAUCUCCCCCUUAAUAUGUUCUUAACUCUAAGGGGUAUAUUUACUUAAGUGUAGGUUUACAGAAGUUUACGUGUUGCCCAUAACAAUCAGAUUCUACUUAUUCAUCUAGCAUCUUCUAGACGAUAAUAGCUAGAAUCUGAUUGGCUGCUGUGGGCGACAUAUCCACUUCUAUAAACCCGCACUCUAGUAAAUAUAACCCUCAAAGAGUAAAGUUAUGAAAGCAAUGGCCUGCAAGUAAUAUGCUAAUGUUCUGUGUAGCGCUAAUGAGAUUCAGCUAGAGAUGGCUCUUAGCUUCAGGUAAUAGAGGAUGGGGGGAUGGGUUUGUAACUGAGCAGACUGGAAAUGAUAGCUCAUAUGAUUGUACUAAGAAUCUGCUCUUCAGCUCAAUCUAACAUCAUGUAUUUUUUCAGUAUAAUAUCCAUGUUUAGAGCUGUCACUUUCAGAUCAUUCAGUUUAGGGAGAAAAAUAAUCACAUUUCUGUUGCAAGGAAAUAUAAAUGAAUAAAUCAUUCAUUCCUUUUUCUUUGCGGUCCCCCCUCAUACAUAUACUGUGUUUAGCUGAGUUAAAUUAUCUAGAAAGAUAACCUUUAAAGGGUGAUAUCCAAUUAACCCCGGUAAAACAUUGAGUCCGAAAAACCGGCGUUUUUCAGACUUUUUUCCAAUGUUUCUCCGAUUUUUUUUUUUACAGGCUAUCCAGAUGGAUCGCCUGUAAAAAACAAACAAAAUAAAAACUCUUCUCCCGAAAACACACAGGUUCAGUGAAACCUGUGUGUUUUCGUGUGAAACAGCUGAAAACGGGGCUGUUUCCGGAGAUUCUGCUUCGCCUGCCGGAGGCAGGUGAAACAAAAUCCCAGAUAAGCCAGCGCGUGCUGCUCCUUAUCGGGGCUAAUUAGCUAGCGCCCGGCGGGACAGUUAGCCCCGGUAAUUUACCGGAGCUAAUUGGAUAUCCCCCUAAAUGUCUUACACAAGGCUGCUGUUUUCAUAAUAUUAUAUUUUGAUGAAUAUGCUCUAUUAAUGUCACAUGCUUGUUUUCGUUAAGAAACGUAUAUAAUAAUAAUAAUAAUAGUAAUGUGCCCCUAUUGUAAUUGAAAGGAUAUUAGGAGUUCCAUUACCUUAUAGUAAUGUACAUUAAGAGAUAUAUUAUGCAUUUGAAGUUUUGGUCUUUUUUUUAACAGACACAUCUGUAUUAUUUAUUAGUAAUACAGGUUGAGUAUCCCAUAUCCAAAUAUUCAGAAAUACGGAAUAUUCCGAAAUACGGACUUUUUUGAAUGAGAGUGAGAUAGUGAAACCUUUGUUUUCUGACGGCUCAAUGUACACAAACUUUGUUUAAUACACAAAGGUAUUAAUAAUAUUGUAUUAAAUGACCUUCAGGCUGUGUAUAUAAGGUGUAUAUGAAACAUAAAUGAAUUGUGUGAAUGUAGACACACUUUGUUUAAUGCACAAAGUUAUAAAAAAAUAUUGGCUAAAAUGACCUUCAGGCUGUGUGUAUAAGGUGUAUACGUGACAUAAAUGCAUUCUGUGCUUAGAUUUAGGUCCCAUCACCAUGAUAUCUCAUUAUGGUAUGCAAUUAUUCCAAAAUACGGAAAAAUCCGAUAUCCAAAAUACGUCUGGUUCCAAGCAUUUUGGAUAAGGGAUACUCAACCUGUAUCACUUUUUACAUACUGCCAGCAUACUGUAAAAUUGAAAGUAAAUACAAUAAUAAAGCAAGUGGUCUAGAUUUUAAAAUUCCAACAGGCGUGAGGCCUGCUCACAAGGCAACAAUACCAGAACCAGAGAUAGAGACACAUUUUAUUUAAUUGUGUUUUUUUACAUCCCUUUUUUAACCUCUUCAGGGACUUAUUUAUAAUUUUAGAGAUAUAAUUUUAAGAUUUUUUGUAAAUAUAUUUUAUUGAAAAUAUAAUAAAUUUCAAGUUAAAAAAAAUAUUGUUUUAUAUAUUGACCGAUUUAGUUAUAUUCAAACUUCAAUAAAGUUUUCCAAUUAAAAAUAACCGUUAAGUACCAGUAUCCCUGAAGAGGUGUGUAUUUAUUUUUAUUAACAUUAAUACACAUCUACUUCAUGUGUUAAUUGUGGCUAUUGGAUCAUGUAAAAAGGGGUGUAGUUAACAUGCCUGCAUAUGGGAUGCCGGUGGUCAGAAUACUGUCAGCAUUCUGACAGCUGUCCCGAUUCCGACGCCAGAAUCCCAACAGCUUCAGUCCCGAACGUAAGUUUGUCAGGAGUGCUAGGGUUAGGCUAUAGAUGGAUGGCUAGGGAU